UUUGAGCGCGGAGUGAAAGUGAAACGCUUCUUUGAUCCUGUGAAAAAUGCUUUUGAAUUAGUUGCAGGGAGGAACUUUUGUCUCUUUAGGAAUUCAAAAGUGAAAGACUGUUAAGUUAUUCAUCUAGAGGCUGUCGUCUUAGAAACUAUUUGGCAUAAAACGGAUAUUCUCUGGUUAUUGAUUAUACAGAUAGCCAUGAGUUAGAGGGAGAAGCCGCAACCUUAUCGUUGUUGUCAUAUUGUAUUCAAUCGUUUCAAAAUGGGUUGCAUUCAAAGCAGCAAAAAGUACAAGUGGAGUGAAAGGAAGCCGCCUAAAACUGACGAUGCGGAAGACCGUGCGCGAGAGGAGAGAUACAAACAAGAAGAGAAGGAACGAAAACGCUCCCAGGUAUUGCCUCCCGUGCCGACAACACUUCCUCCACAAGAAAGAAAAAUCUUUAUCGCAUUGUACGACUACGAUGCGAGGACAGCCGAAGACUUGAGUUUCAAGAAAGGAGAAAAGUUAGAAGUAGUGAAUGAUAUCGAUUGUGGAGAUUGGUGGCAAGCAAGGUCGCUGGCUACCAAUGGAGUUGGAUACAUUCCUAGUAAUUACGUUGCGCCACAGUCUUCAUUGCGAAGAGAAGAGUGGUACUUUGGUCCAAUUAGAAGAGUUGAUGCUGAAAAGCUAUUGCUUAUGCAUGGUGAAAGUGGGUCAUUUCUCAUUCGUGAGAGUGAAAGUAAACCAGGAGAUUAUUCAAUGUCAAUCAGGGAUGGAGACAACAUCAAGCAUUAUCGAAUACGUACUCUUGAUAGUGGUGGUUUUUUUAUUGCACAUCGUUCUCAAUUCCAAACUUUAUCACAUUUGGUUGAGCACUACAAGAAAGAUGCUGAUGGUCUUGUUAUUCGUCUGAAGAGCCCUUGUCAACCAGCUGAAAUGCCGAUCAUACCAGACUUGUCUUACAAUACAAAGGAUCAAUGGGAGAUUCCAAGGGAGACAAUUCGUCUUAUCUCAAAACUUGGACAAGGGCAGUUUGGUGAAGUUUGGGAGGGGUUAUGGAAUAACACCACACCAGUGGCUGUUAAAACACUGCGUCCAGGAACUAUGUCUCCAACAGCAUUUCUUGCAGAGGCUCAAAUCAUGAAAAAGCUUAGACAUCCAAAGCUUGUACAAUUAUAUGCCGUGUGCACUAAAGAGGAACCCAUAUACAUUGUUACUGAACUGAUGGCUUGUGGUAGUUUAUUAGACUAUUUAAAAGGUCCAGGUAGAGCAUUACUAUUGCCUCAACUAAUUGAUAUGGGUGCACAAAUAGCUGCUGGAAUGGCAUAUCUCGAAAUCAACAAUUAUAUUCAUAGAGACCUUGCAGCUAGAAACAUUUUGGUUGGAGAUAAAAAUGUUGUCAAAAUUGCAGACUUUGGUCUUUCUAGGCUGAUUGAUGAAGGGGAAUACACAGCAAGGGCUGGUGCUAAGUUUCCAAUAAAAUGGACUGCACCUGAAGCAGCUUUGUAUAACAAGUUCACAAUUAAGUCAGAUGUUUGGUCAUUUGGAAUUUUGCUGUCGGAGUUAGUUACUUAUGGACGCAUUCCAUAUCCAGGAAUGGGCAAUGCUGAGGUAUUGGCUCAAGUGGAGAGGGGUUAUCGAAUGCCUUGCCCUAUAAACUGCCCAGGGCAGCUUUACCAGAUAAUGCAAGACUGUUGGAAACACACUGCAGAGGAAAGGCCAACUUUUGAAACUCUUCAGUGGAAACUUGAAGAUUUCUUUACUAUGGAUCCAUCAAAUUAUGCAGAGUAUAAAGACGCCCUUGAUAUCGAAGCAGCCAUGGGUGGCUGCUGUGGGAAAACACAGUCUAAAUAUGAAGCCGAACAACCAAAGCCAAGUGGUACCGACGUAGGCGCUGCUGGCUUUGGAACCAACGACCAUGGCUCUCAAAAAGUUGGUUCUCCAGCGAACGGCAUGCACUUUCAAUCAAGUUCUGGAAUAAUGCAACCAGGUUAUCCGGGAAUAAUGCAACAGGGGAAAACAGCACUUAUUUUUGUUGCUCUUUACGACUACGAUGCAAGAACAAACGAAGAUUUGAGUUUUAAAAAAGGCGAGAGACUGCAAGUUCUAGAUAACACGGAUGGAGACUGGUGGCUUGCUAAGUCAUUGUCCUCACAGAGAGAAGGUUAUAUUCCCAGCAAUUAUGUUGCCCAAGAACAAAGCAUUAAAUCCCAAGAAUGGUUUUUUGGAAAAAUAAAGCGUGCCGAUGCAGAAAAAUGGCUUCUUGCACCAGGCAAUCCUAAAGGGACUUUCUUGAUCCGUGACUCCGAGACACAGCCAGGGAAUUACUCACUCUCAGUCAGAGAUGGUGAUAAUGUCAAGCAUUAUCGAAUACGUAAAUUGGAUUCUGGAGGUUUCUACAUAACAACACGUGCACCAUUUAGAACAUUGAAUGAGUUAGUUCAGCAUUACAGUGAAGAUGCUGAUGGCUUGUGCUGUAUGCUCACACAGCCUUGCCCUGGAGAGAAACCUGUCACUUCAGGGCUUUCCCAUAAUACUAAAGAUGCAUGGGAAAUUCCAAGGGAAUCUUUGAGAUUGGAUACAAAACUUGGCCAGGGUCAGUUUGGUGAGGUAUGGAAGGGAGUAUGGAACAAUACUACACCAGUUGCUAUCAAGACACUGAGAGUUGGGACCAUGUCACCUCAGGCUUUCCUUACUGAAGCACAAAUCAUGAAAAAGCUUAGGCAUGCUAACUUGAUUCAAUUAUAUGCUGUGUGUACCAAUGAAGAGCCAAUAUACAUUGUAACAGAACUGAUGAAACAUGGAAGUUUAUUAGAUCACCUGGUAAAAGGUGAAGGUCAACAUCUCAAGCUUGCACAGCUUAUUGACAUGGCAGCUCAGAUAGCAGCUGGUAUGGCAUACCUGGAAAAGAUGAAUUAUAUCCACAGAGAUCUUGCUGCUCGUAAUAUCCUGGUCGGAGACAACAAUGUCUGUAAAGUAGCAGACUUUGGACUGGCAAGGCUCAUAGAAGACGAUGAAUACAACCCUCACCAAGGUGCUAAGUUCCCAAUCAAGUGGACUGCCCCUGAAGCUGCCUUAUAUAACCGAUUUACAAUCAAAUCAGAUGUCUGGUCAUUUGGUAUACUUCUAACCGAGUUAGUCACUUAUGGUCGAAUACCGUAUCCUGGCAUGACUAAUGCUGAAGUACUAGCCCAGGUUGAAAGAGGCUACAGAAUGCCCAAGCCCCCUAACGCAACUGAUGCUCUUUAUGAAAUCAUGAUGUCAUGUUGGAAUAAAAAUGAACUUGAUCGACCUACAUUUGAAUAUUUGCAGUCAGUAUUGGAGGAUUAUCUUGUUGCUACUGAGCCAAGUUAUAGAGAUGUGGCACCAUGAAAAACCAUACUAUUACCAAGAUCUGGGAGGACUGAUGAAGAGAUUCAGGAUUCCCUAAACCUGACAGUGUGCCUGACACACCAUCAACCCUGCACUUGUCAAUCAAUUCAAUGCACCACCUCAAUAUUCCUUCCAAUUAAGAAAUUAUUGUAUUAUUUUAUUGUAUAGAUUUUUUACUUUUCCCCAUUUUACCAGUAAGUAACAAGUUGUCAAACUUUUCCUGUGAAACACACUUCAUGAAGUUAAAAUAAUUUAGUAAUAUUUUGAUGAAAACAAAAAUAAAUCUUAAAGCUAUUUCACAGGUUAAGUUUUAUGACUCAAUUGUUUUUACAGCAAAGAAAAUAAUUUUUGCUUCUUAUUUUUUUCUAAAUUCAUUAAAAUUAGUGGUUAUGAAUGGUUUUCAUACCAAAUGCGAGAGCUAAAUACAUUUGUUUGAGUGGAUAAAAAGAAAAAUGACAGAAUAUUUUGCACUUAAAGAAGUGGAAAAGAUUUGCUAGUUAUUGAAAGCUGUACCAGUUACAUAAGGAAUUCCAAAAGUUUUAUUGUCUAAGACCUGUUCACUGGUUUUGUAAAGUCAAAUACUUAGCAGACCACAGGCUAUGAAAACCACUAUACAGUGAUAUUGUAUGUAUCUAAAGUAUUUACAAUGAUUUAUGUUUAGAGUGCUUUUAGUUUCACUGUUGAAUGGAUAUCAUACUCAACACAGGCAUAUGUUAAUAGAUAAGUUAUUUUUCUAUUCAGGGUAACAUCUUGAGAUUCUGGCCAAUAUUCAAACUACUUGCAAGUAUUUUUGAUUGUUAGUAUGCCUUAGAAGUCUGUAUUUUGCUUUGUUGACGCAAAUUCAUUCACCUUUCUAUUCAUUCAUUCAUUCAUUAACUUACCACAAAGGGAAUAAUUGGCUCUUUAUAGGCAUUGGCAUCCAUACAUGUGGCUCACUCACCCUGGGUUACAUUGUAAUUGGUUGGGCAAGCAGUUGCCUAAAUUAUAAACUGUAUUUACAAAAUAUAGUAUUGAAACAUUCAAGAUUGAGACUGAAAGCACUCUAUAAAUCUAGACAUGCUUUAUGUUAUCGUAACUGAAGGCAAUAACAAUAUAAUAAUUGCACGUAGGUCUAACCUGUGUAAAUGCAGAAGUUAUUUUAUCAGUGAAUAUUUCUUGACGUCUUCGUAGUAUGGCAUCUCCUUCCUAACCAACAAACAUUUAGACUUAACAUGUGUAGGACUUCCUGUGUUGAUAUUAAUGAGAAUACAUAGUACAGAGAGAGGAGUUGUUUUUUUAACACAGGAAUCCCAGUGGAGUUGAAUUGUAUGUGGUGUUAGCCAGGCCAGUACUGUAGUAUGCCUGAUCUUUCCUAGUUACUAUCCUGGGGCCACUUGUAUGAAGGGUGAAUAACAAUAUCCACCAGUUAAAUCCUUAUCUAGCAAAUAAAAUGUAUACACAAUCUAAGGAGUGGAUAACUUUAUCAUUUGGAUAACUUUGUACAACCUUUGUUCAACUGGCUGCUGGAUUAUUUAGAGUGGAUGCACUUAUCCAUGAAACAAACACACUAAUGCUAAGAAAUUGUGUUGAUUAGACAAUAGAAAACAAAGGAAUUAGCAUAUUUAAGUUCUAUUUGGUUUCACUGAUUAAGUGUGUUGGCUCUAGCUAUGGUUUUAUUAGGUAAAGUAAAGCUCUCUACCUGAUGAAACUAAAGCUUUUCUGCUAGACUUAGGCUAAACAAUGUCUAAUAUAAAGUGAUGACUAAUUUUAAAUGAUUGUCAGCUACUUAUCACACUGCUAAUAGUAACCAUUUUCACAUUUGAAGUAAUUUAUUCUUUAAUGUAUAGCUCUACAAUGAUUAUCUGGAGUGUAUAGGUCCCGGAAGUAGUAUGUCUAUAAGGUUUUUUGAAUGGCUUAAUUUUUGUUUUGCUAGUAAUCAGGGAGGGUAAAUUAGCUCAUAUGCCAUUCAAAAGUUUAUCAGCAGUAAUCAUUUUGAGAUGAAACAUAAGCUUCAGCUUGUCAAAUGUACUGUAAGUAAUGAACGGAACUUGAAAAGGCACAUAUUUUAAUUACAAAUCUUUUUAGUUGAGUUCUUGAUUUUGUCUGUUUUUUAUUUUGUUGGUGAUGAUGAUAACAUAUUUGCAUUCAGGGUAUCCAUGAAAUAGCUUUGCUAACAUCAGAGUUCUAAUUUAAGUUGUUGUGACAGCUAUUAUAUUUUUUGUUGUUUAAAGUGCAAUGAAUGGACUAAUCCUUUAACUAAAUAUUUUUCAGCAUGUUGUCUGCACUAAUUUUCCGUCAGGAUCCUUUGCUUCAUAGAACCCAGCUAUAAAUCUUUUUGUUUUUCUGACAUAUUUGCCAAGUUGUAAAUAGAACUGUCUGUUUUCAGUUGACAAUUUGGCAGCCAUGUCAGUAGUAAUUUAAAUAAUGAAUUUGUAGUUUCUUUUAUUAACUACCAACAUGGCUGCCAGUUGUGUGUCUUAUGAUUCCCAAGAGAUUGAUUAGAGCAAUAAAUUUUAUUAAUAGUUUAUCUUUGCUUAACCCAACAUGAAAUACCAACUCGUGUAAAUAGCUAAAGUACAGGUUAAGGUUUUAUGGGUACAUAGAAUUGAAUAGCAUGCUACAGGUAUAUAAUAUUUUCUUUUUUGAAGAAUGCAUACACUAUUGCGAAGUUGACAAAAAACUUCAAUAGUCAGAUUUUGUUUCAUAGGUUUAAUGACUUCACUCUAAAAGCAAUCAACAUGAAAGGAUUUAUGUUGAUUGUCAUUCUUUCAUUUUGUGUUUCUUGGGUUCAGGAAAGUCAAAGUUGUAAGUCCUGCUUUUUGAUUUUUUGACGAAAAAGGAACAAAUUGUAGUAAGUUUAUUGUGAAACAUAAAUUUCGCUUUAGCAAAAAAGGGUUGAAAUUUGUGUUUCAAGCAGUCCAACUGAGUGUACAGAUUUGCCAAAAUUGUAGUUUUAUUUCAUAGUUUCAUUUUCUAGAUUGAUUUGUAUUUCAUUUAGUUUGCUCUCUAUGCUUAUAAYGCUACUGUUAAGGGUAAAAUUAGAAGCAUUUUGUUAUAAAGAUCAUCAUCCCAUUAAGCAAUCACUAUUUUUGUAAAAAUGUCCACUAUCUUUUCAAUAAAAUACUUAUUCACAAAA